GAUAUUUCGCCGGAAAGUUAAGGAAUUCAGGUGCUUCGUGCCACCUUUUCUAUGAUUUAUCUCUUUGUUGAAUUAUUUAACUAACUCCUAGUGUGCUCGUGCGGCGUACAAAAUGAGUACGAUACUGGAAAAAAUUGCCCAAAUCGAGUCUGAGAUGGCUCGAACCCAGCGUAACAAGGCAACGGCUGGGCAUUUGGGAUUGUUGAAAGCACGGUUGGCCAAGUUGCGACGAGAGCUCAUUACCCCGAAGGGUGGUGGCGGUGCAUCGGAACAGGGAUUCGAAGUUUCCAAAACCGGUGACGCCCGGGUUGGUUUCGUAGGUUUUCCCUCGGUCGGAAAAUCAACCCUUCUAUCCAAUCUAGCCGGUGUGUACUCUGAGGUGGCCGCAUACGAGUUCACAACGCUUACAACCGUACCGGGCUGUAUCAAGUACAAGGGCGCUAAGAUACAGCUGCUCGAUCUGCCCGGUAUUAUCGAAGGUGCGAAGGAUGGCAAGGGUCGUGGUCGGCAGGUGAUAGCGGUCGCUCGUACCUGUAACCUCAUCUUCAUGGUGCUGGACGUACUGAAACCGCUGACACACAAGAAACUGCUCGAACACGAGUUGGAAGGAUUCGGUCUGCGACUUAACAAGCAACCACCGAACAUUUCCUUCCGCAAGAAGGACAAGGGCGGAGUGAAUUUGAACGCAACUGUCGCGCAGUCGGAGCUGGACCUUGACACGGUGAAGACGAUUCUCGGCGAGUAUAAGAUACACAAUGCGGACAUUACACUCAAGUACGAUGCCACGGCCGACGACCUGAUCGAUGUGAUUGAGGGCAACCGGAUUUAUAUUCCGUGCAUCUAUCUGCUGAACAAAAUCGAUCAAAUCUCGAUCGAAGAGCUGGACGUUAUCUAUAAAAUUCCGCAUUGUGUACCGAUUUCCGCCCAUCACCACUGGAACUUUGACGAUUUGCUUGAAAUGAUGUGGCAAUAUCUGAAGCUGGUGCGAAUCUAUACUAAACCGAAGGGACAGCUGCCAGAUUACAGUUCACCGAUCGUGCUGCACCACGAGCAUACGUCUGUGGAAAGUUUCUGUAACAAGCUUCAUCGAACAAUUGCGAAGGAAUUCAAAUAUGCGCUCGUGUGGGGUUCGUCGGUAAAACAUCAACCGCAAAAGGUCGGCAUUGAUCACGUGCUGAACGAUGAGGAUGUAGUACAGAUUGUAAAGAAGGUUUAAAAGAUCGAACCGUGUGCAACAGGAAGAUGUGUUAUCCAGUACGAUUCAUUGUCCGUCGAUCGGGUUAAAAAUGUGCGCAAAUAAUUAUGAAAACUGACCGCUUUAAUUCAAACACAUUUCAUUCUGAUCUGUUAACUGUAACCGAAAACAUACGCUCUCACAUAUGCUUGUAAGUUCAAAAUUGUGUGUUUAUUCGGUAAAAUUUCUUAUAGGUAGCAUAGGUAGCAUACUAGUUUCUUAUUCAAAAACCCGGUUCAGUGGUAGUAGUGCUACGGAAUCGUCCUAGAUAACGGUUGC